AUGAGCGCCAUCGAGGCCGCUGCGGCGGCGGCCGCCGCUGUCGACGAAGUCAUCGCCAGUGAUUCCGAGGAUGACCUACCUCCUCUGAAAGAUGAGCCGCCCUACCCUUACUUUGUCCUCAAGCAAGAUGUCGAGAUCGAGGUGAACUUCCGAUCGAAGCGGAUCCAAGGGAAGUCCCAUAUCACGUUUGGCUUGGUGUCCGGCGCCCUCUCCCAGCUCGACGAGCUCGCCAUUGAUGCGCGGCAAUCCGAAAUCGAUGUCAACAACAUCACCAUCAUCGCCCUAAAAGAUCAGAUACCCGUCGGCCCGACGAAACAAGUUUCAGCCACGUACACGGAUCCGUAUAAGCUACUGGAUUACCCCGAAUACUACAACUGGAACGCUUCACAUCACGACCUACGAAAGAUCCGGAUGCGCCCUCUCAUGCACACCCGACGGAACGACGUGCCCGCCGAGAAUAGAGAACUCGUUGGCUGUACGCCCGUCGACGGCGCUUUACGGGUCAAUCUCCGAGAAGCGAAGAAGAGCAAGGACACCAAGGAAGUCAAGGAAGAACCGGCGGCAUCAGGAGCAGGUGUGGCCAAACGACCGCUGCUCAAGAUACGUGUCUCGAGCGUUCUGCCGAAUGAAGCCGUAGAAAGCGAGCUGGCGGGCUCACGAGAGUUCCGAGUCACAAUACCCUUCAAGACUAAACUUGUUAGGGAUGGUUUCCAGUUCGUUGGUGUCGAUCCUGGCGACCUCAGAUAUCCACACGCCUUUACCCGGCAUUCGAUCGAACCGGGGACGGCGUCGUGCAUCUUCCCGUGCAUCGACGACCCUGGCCAACUCCCGACCUGGACGAUGGCUGUCAAGGUUCCUCGAACGCUAGGCGAUGCGCUCUGGCAGCCUUUGGCCACGCAAAGAGCAAACGGCAACGCAAACAAUCAGCGGGACCGCGGGCUCGCAAAUCAGUCCAGGGCCGACAGAGACUUCGCCCUGACCGAGGAAGACAAGCUCCUGGAGAUGACGGUGGUGUGCUCUGGGAGCCUCUCGGACGAGAUUGUGGACCCGGAAGACGAACGGAAGAAAAUUAUGACCUUUGACCUCGACAAGCGGGUCGCAGUCCAGAAGAUCGGCUUCGCAGUCGGUCCUUUUGAGCAUGUUGACCUCUUCUCGGACUUCCGCACGGAAGAGAACGACGAGAAACUAGGCGGAAGCGCUCUCAAGAUUCAUGGUUACUGCCUCCCGGGAAGAGCCGCCGAGGUCCAGAACACCUGCGCGGCGCUAGCUGCCGCCGCCGACUUCUUCACACUCACGUUUGCCCGGUUCCCCUUUGAAAGCUACAAGCUGUGCUUCCUCGACGACAUGGCCGAAGAUACCGUGGCUUUGCAAUCGCUCUCCUUCGUCAGCACUCGUCUGUUGUUCCCCGAGGACGUGAUUGACCCGGAAGUCGACGUCACAAGGCAGCUGGUGUACAGCUUGGCGUCGCAAUGGAGCGGAAUCAACCUUUUCCCCAACACUAGGAGAGAUCUCUGGGUCGUUAUCGGCAUUGCUUACUACAUGACUGAUCUCUUCUUGAAAAAGCUGUGUGGCAACAACGACUACAGGUUCCGCAUGAAGACAAUGUCCGAUAAGCUGGUGACGGUGGAUAUCAAGCGGCCUUCACUGCACGAACUCGGUCACAUCCUGCACCUCGGAGAUUUCGAAAUGGAAUUCAUGGCACUCAAGGCGCCUCUGGUGCUCUUCAUUUUGGAUAAGCGCCUGAUGAAGGCACCUGCCCAGACCAAUCUCACCCGCAUCAUCUCGCGAAUCCUUUAUAAGGCAAACAUUGGGGAGAAACAGAGCGAGUGGAUCAUCAACACAGAGUCCUUCCAGAGGGUCUGUGAAAAGAACGCUAGAAAUAAGCUUGAGGCGUUCUGGGCUCAGUGGGUAUAUGGUUCUGGGUGCCCGAGGUUCGAUGUUUUCCAGCGGUUUAAUAAGAAGCGACUGUGCGUUGAGAUGACGAUUCGGCAAGUCCAGGACAAGGCUCUGAGCGAGGCGGAAGUUCUGAAAAAGACCGAAUUCCUCCGCGCGAUCAAAGAGAAGGCCAACGGCGUCCAUGUCGAUGCAGCGAUGGGUCUCUUUACAGGGCCCAUGACGAUCAGAAUCCACGAAGCCGACGGCACGCCCUACGAACACAUAGUAGAAAUUCGCGAGGACGCUGCCAAGGCGGCCAAGUUCGAGAUUCCGUAUAACACCAAGUACAAGCGACUCAAGCGGAAGAGGAGGGCAACGGAGAAGCUAAGCGCGCAGUCUGCUGCGGACCCUGACAACAACGAAGAGGCGCUCUUGUACUGUCUGGGAGACGUUCUGACGAGCCCGGAAGACAUGAGAAAAUGGGAGUUCUCCGAGUGGGAGCCUGACAUCGAAAAGGCCAUGGACCAAGAGUCUUACGAGUGGAUCCGGAUGGAUGCCGAUUUCGAGUGGGCCUGCGAAAUGAAGACGAACCUCCAGAGCUACAUGUACGUGUCCCAGCUCCAGCAAGAUAGGGACGUCGUGGCACAGCAGGACUCGAUGCUGUAUCUGAAGAAGAGUCCUCCCCAUCCGCUCGUUUCGACCUUCCUCACGAGAACCCUCGUCGAUCGCCGGUACUUCCACGGUGUCAGAACCAUGGCCGCCGAUAUGCUGUAUCAUCACGCCACGGAAAAGGUCGCCAUGGCAGGCAUGACCCAUCUUAUGAGGGCUUUCACGGAGCUCUUCUGCUACCCGGACUCUGCGACGCCUCGGCCGAACGACUUCUCGGACAAGAAGCAGUAUCUUGUGCAAAGCGCACUCCCCAUGGCCAUCGCCAAGGUCCGGGACUCCAACGGCAAAUGCCCCGAGCCGGCCCGGCGGCUGCUUCUGAACCAGGUCCAAUUCAACAACAACGCUAACAACCCGUACUCGGACCACUUCUACGUCGCGAAGCUCCUGGAGGCCCUGGCCCACAGCCUGAUCCCGGAGAAACGACGGGACGCAGGUGAUUCCAUGGAUCUGGACACAUCAGCUGAGGAGAGCAGCUUCCUAGAAGAGGCCAUUGUCGAGAUCGACCGCUUCCGGAGGAUGGAUGAGUGGGCCAACUCCUACCAAAACAUCUGGACCACUACUGCCCUCGAAUGUAGACGGAAGCUCAUGAAGGCGGGCGUGAUUCCCAAAAGCGCGUUGGACUUUAUACAGUACCUACAGGACGAUACAUGCGAUCUCGUGCGAGUCAAGGCGUUUGAGGCUCUCGUGGAUCUCGGUUACAUGAUGGAAUUGCCCAUCUUCCGCCUGAUCGUCUCUGUGAUGAGCACCGACAGGUCCCCGUUUGUGCGAGACAAGCUCCUGAAGAUUUUCUGCACGGGUUUGGCAAGCCUUGCCUUUGGCGAGCAAUCCCGGGCGAAGCCUGCCCCUGUGGCCGCCAAUAGCGGGGAGCUCACCAUUGUUAAUAACACCGAGGGUGAGACGCAAGAGCGGCGCAAGCAAUUCGCCAGGAAGCAAGACAUUAAUGUUGCGCUUGCGGCCCUGCGAGCGGAGAUGGAGGAGCAAUACGCAGAGCAAGAGCGGCUUAUGAUGAAGGCAAUCUGGAAGGCUCUUGAUUCCAGGGUGAUUGGCCGGGCUGAGAAGAUCAUGCUUAUUGAGCUGUGCGGCGCCAUGUUCGAUGCUGCUGACCGGUGGACGGUUACGAUGAAAUAUCCCAAACGGUGGAGAAACAUGAUCCACUUCAAGUCUUUUUACAAGACGGCAAUCGAACCCCCUCAGAAGGUCAAGGAGAAGGAGCCCGAACCGCCAGUUCGACCGCCCGAACCCAAGCGUCUGAUUGUGAACAUGAAGAGUGGCGCCGCCAAACCCAUCAAACAAGCACCCCCCGCCCCACGGCCUGUCUCUGCUGCCCCUCGCCCUUCCCCGGCCCCGGCUGUGCAAUCCCCAGCCCCUUCUGCGGCACCGUCGCCGGUUCCGCGAGAGGCAGACUCCAUCGUGGCCCACUCGGUCGCCAAGUCGUCCACACCAAAGCCAUCCACUGGAAAGCCUUUCUCAUCCGCACCCAAGCCGCUGACCACGAAGCCUACCGUCACCAAGCCAAGCGUUUCGAAGCCCGGAGUGGUAAAGCCUGGAGUAUCGAAGCCUGUUAUGUCCUCGGUGUCUUCGUCGCUACAUCAAAGCGCACGCUCGACCCCUCAGGCGACUCCCGAGCCAAGCAGCAGCAGCAGUAGCACCAACAAGUUGCAGAAGAGACCUCGACCUGACAAGGUCCCGGGAGUGGACGACGCGUCGCCUGUUCUCAAGAAACCGAAGUUGAGUAUUCGACCCGACGGCACAGUUGUGAAGAAACGGAGGAUGUUCAGGUUUAAGCACCCCAAUCUCCGGCAGAUUCUCAAGAAGGCCGGCGUCAAGAACAUGGGCCCCGUCCGAGACCCGUCCCUGCUGAAGAACCGCAAGCCCGGGUAUCCGCUGAGCGCUCGCGCGUCUCCGGCCGGAUCACCAGCUCCUACGCCGUCCGAGAGCAUCAAUGCGAAGCCCGCUCGGAAGCCUCUGCCCGGUGGUCCCUCGGCGGCUAGCCCUUCGCCGGGUCCGGCAUCACUGCCACCCAAGCCUCCGCCGCAGGCAUCUCCGCCGUCCGCCGAGGGUCAAGCCCCCAAGAAGGUCAAGCUCGUCAUCAAAAAGCCGUCUUCUUCGCAGCCAAAAUGA